CCAGAUAAGAAGGAGAGACUCGUUGAGACAGAACAUACAGGAACUUUAUCUUACGUGCCUAACUAUGUUGUCUGGGUACAUCUUCAUACUUCUUACCUUCACUGGGGCUGCAGCCCUUAAAAUCUGCUCCUUCAACAUCAGGUCUUUUGGAGAAAAUAAAAUUGCCAAGCCGGAGAAUUUGGAUGUGAUUGUUAAGAUCAUUUCUCGAUGUGAUCUUAUGCUCUUGAUGGAAAUUAAAGAUGUGCGAAACAAAGCUUUCCCGGAGCUUAUGAAGCAGCUCAACAGUCAAUUCAAGGGCAAAAAGGAUGAAUAUAACCACAUCAUCAGUGAAAGACUCGGGAGAAAGACAUACAAGGAACAGUACGCCUUUAUUUACAGGCAAAGCGUGGUAUCGGUAAAAGAGAUUUAUCAGUACCCAGAUCAGCAGACUGGAGAUGAAGACGUCUUUUCACGGGAGCCAUUUGUGGUUUGGUUCGAUUCUCCCAAAACAGCUGUUAAGGAAUUUAUAAUAAUUCCUUUGCACACUACACCUGAAACCUCAGUGCGUGAAAUUGAUGAACUCUAUGAUGUCUAUUUGAAUGUGAAACAGCGCUGGAGCUCCGAGCAGAAUUUCAUAUUCAUGGGUGAUUUCAAUGCGGAUUGUGGCUAUGUACCCAAAAAGGACUGGAAAAACAUUCGCCUGAGAAGUGACACCAGCUUUGUGUGGCUCAUUGAUGACAACAUGGACACAUCUGUAAAAGAAACUACAAACUGUGCUUAUGACAGGAUUGUGGUACAUGGAGAAGCGAUUAACAAGGCUAUUGACUUGGAAUCCUUGGAAAUCUUUAAUUUUAAGGCUGCCUUUGGAUUAACUGAGGAAGAGGCGCUGGCAGUAAGUGACCAUUUUCCCGUGGCAGUGGAGCUAAGGAAGGCCAGAGGUUUCAUUACCUGGUUCAAAUCUCUCCGCGAUAAGGUGCUGAAGACUAAAUAAAGGAAAGAGCUCACAUGUCCAGUUUCAAAGCUUGCUUUCUUGUCAACUCUGUGUCUCGUAGGCUGAUUAUAAAGGUAGGGGAGACUUGUAAAUCCAUGCUGCCUAAAUGGCCGCACUGGAAACAGUUUUUAGUUGACAGACAGAGGGGCUAUCCUAAAGGAGGAUACACAGUAUGGCAAAUUUUCCAUCAUUUCUUUAUGUACACAAUGCGUUUUUAAUUUUGAUUGUUUUUCUAUCAUUUCUUUAGUUCCAAAUAAACAUCUAAUAAUACUGUU